AUGGAGAGACAUGAUGUUUUGUCAAAAAAGGGUUUAGAAGAUUUCUACACGUGUCUUACAAGUGAACCAACAAUAACGUUUUGUAUUACUUAUCGAAUGAAUCAAAGUUUACUUCUGGUGGCUACUUGGCUGCAAAAUGAAAAUGAGGUUGAUGAUUUACCAAGAAAGGAUAACAGAUCAUGGAGCGAAAAAAGAAUCAAGGAUCAAAAGAUGAACAACAUGCAACUUCAAUUGUGUCAAACUGUCAAUCCGCCAGUAACCAACAAUAUAUUGACACUCACAUGUGACAUAUCAGAGCUCAUUAAUCUACACGACGAAGGCUUUAAUGGUUUUGAUCCAAGCAUGAGACCAAAACAUAUGAUUUUACUAACUCGACUUACUCCACAAGCCCUCUAUCAUCGCUAG